AUGUCGAAGCCUGCCGGGACUUCCAAGCACGGCCCCAUCCGCUCCCAGAAGGUGGUCUUCCUGGGCCAAUGCGCUGUGGGCAAGACCUCCCUGAUCCGCCAGUUUGUGUACAGGAGCUUCGAGCCGUGCUACGAGGCCACCGUGGGCAUGGACUUCGUGUCGAAGGUGGUGAGCCUUGAGGGGAAGCAGCUGCGGCUUCAGCUGUGGGACACGGCGGGGCAGGAGCUUCAGAUUUUCGUCACCGCCACCGCCACCGCCACCGCCACCGCCACCGCCACUGCCACCGACACCGCCACCGCCACCGCCACCGCCACACCGACACCACCACCCGUGCAGGCUAUCUCCGGGACAGCGCAGGCUGCGUCAUCGUCUACGACGUGA